AUGGAAAACACAAGUGCAAAAAUCGGAGAUUCACAAGCACUGACAAAAGAUGGCGACACCUUUUGGACAAAUGCCAAGAAGGAAGAUUCCGAAUGGCACACUGAUGAUCGAGCCGCAUUAGAGACUGAGAGCUACCGGUACCUGCAUCACCCAGAAACUGUCAACGAGACUUACGAUGUCUGGUGGACGCAGACACUACGGAGGAAGGUCCUGCGCGAAACCUGCGACAGUCUGGUGGACCUAGAAACGUCGUCCUCGGCACCAGGUCAUCUACUGGUGGACGACCGGAAUCGUUUCCUGUUCUGCGAGAUACGGAAGGUGUCUUCGAUCGCCUGGCGUCGGGUCCUAGACGCUGUGUCCUCGGUCAACAACUCGAGCGCGACCGGUGGUGGUCACCGCAGAUCGCGCACGGGCGGGCUGCGGCGACUGGGCACGUACUCGGCAGAGGAACGGGAACGCCGGCUGCGCGAAUACACAAAGUUCCUGUUCGUGAGGGAGCCCAUGUUGCGACUCGUCUCCGGAUGGCGUGACAAGUUCGUUGCCGGGCCGCAGAGGCGCGACUACCGGAGCUCUUGGGGGCCUAGGAUCAGACGCUACUACAACUCACAGCUCACUAGACACUCAUCGGCAUCCCAAGACACCGGGCAUCAACCUUCAGCGUCAGUUGAAGAUGUCGAGAUCAGUUUCCCUGAAUUUGUGAAGUACCUGACUGCAGGGCCACCCCGGUCCCCCUUGAUGCGAGACAUGCACUGGGAGCCCUACCGUUCCCGCUGUCGCCCCUGCCUCGUCCGCUACGAUUUCGUUGGGCAUUACGAAACCUUGGGCCCCGAUGCUGCGGCUAUUCUGCCUGUUUUGAACCGCUGGAGCGCUGGGGGCGGCAGCGUCGAUUUCCCCAUCCGCCGGUCAGACUCGCUCGGGGUCGCACAGACAGAGUUCCCUAAACUUGCUCCCGAAGACAUCGUGAAAUUAGCAAAACUCUACGAUGUCGAUUACAAGCUGUUUGGAUAUUCAAUGAGCCAAUUUAUGAGCUGGUUACAGAAAAACUCGACAGCAGUUUGAUGAGUUCUCUUUUCGGUAUAUUCAGCAAAUGGCACACUAAAACUUCGCUUGAUUUUGAUUGCCCUCGUAGGCGACAGGAAACCAGAGACAGACUGGAAACCAAAGAUUUAUCUUACCGAAUAUACAAAUAUAUGUCCCAAAAGUGUCUGUCUAACUACUUUUAAAUAACUACAAAACCAUGAAGUCAACUUUGAAAACUAUUUGUUUUGCAGAUCAUAAGCCUUGGCCUCAACCCCAAUGAGUUUCAUUUAAUUUCAGUCACGCAUCACUGCACAAUUAUCAUUUGAUAUGAUCACAACAAGAUUUUUGGACACUGUGACCAAGAUCCUUGCCUUAUUUAAUGUCAGUACUGUGUUAAAACCCUAACCCCGGCUGCUGAAUCCAACAGGAUCCAACUUUGUCACAUACCCGAUGGAGCCUGUUGGAUUG